AUGCAAUACAUUGUCGAAGAAGAAUAUUGCGAGGAAAAAAACCCCCAAAUAGUCGUACACAAGUCCACCAAAUUAGUUCAUACAUAUGAAUACAUACCAAAACAUAAUAUCAUAAAGAAAGUACCUUACGAACGGACCCAACGAACCCAUACUGGAAAGAUCACAUAUACAUCUAACCUAACAAGUUUAUAUGCAAAAACCAACCAGAUCGUCGAAGAGGAGCCCUACGAGCCAAAGCAGCCACCAAUUCAAAUCGAGAGAGAAGAUACUGAUGACGAUGAAGAUUCGGCCGAGGAUGAGGGAGAAGUCGUUGUGCACAAAACAGUGCCACACAGAGUCAAUGUGGUUGUGUGCAGCGACAUGGCCCAGGCACCUGGUUUACCUACCAUGAUAAACUCGGCACACAAAAACUUU